UAAGGAAUAGUGUACAGUCACUGUGAGGAACUGAAAGCAACUGUGCAGAAAGCAAAGUUAAGUUUCACUGUAGAGAACCUCCUGGUUCUGGGUGAAAAGGAAUAUGAUACAACAACCAACUGAUUAUGUACGUAAAGGGAACAGGGUUAAUGGAUAGGAUUUAUUUUUUUUAAUGAUCUACUGAUCCUCACUGUAGUCCGGUAGGUGGCAGUAUUGCACCGUUAAGUUGGUUGCCAGCCACCAAUCAAACCAAAAGAGGAAGAAGAAGCAGAAACAGAAGAAGAAGAGUGUGCGCGUCACACAAAGCGGAGACUGUCGCGUCUACCCAUGUGACGGAGCCAUGUUGAGGCAGUUUGUAAUGCCUUGUUUUUAAAAACGUCAUGGGGAAUACAAUAUCUAACUCUAUCACUUAACGAACCCCGGUCAAACUGCAAACCACGCCGAGAUGUCGGCAGACGAUUUUCAGACGAAGUAUUCCUCGUUCAUGGAGAACAUGAUGAGGAGUGCCGUCGAGGAAACCAGGAAACUUUUCGAAACUAUGGUGGACGAGCUGAAGGCAGAGAUAUCCAAAAUUAAGAAGGAGAACGAGGACCUUAAAACAAGAUGCAGCCAGUUUGAGAAAGAGAAAAGCCAGUUGAAUGUAUACACCACAGAGGAUAGUUGUCAUCCUGGGCACAGCUGUGGCUCUGAGAAACGCGACACCGCCGUACAGUGUGACCUAGUCCCUUUCUGCACCGUGCUGGUAGAGCAAAGUCAACCACUGAGACAUUCAUCAACACAAAGCAAAGAGCAGCAAUACGCUUAUGAGCGGAUGGAGUAUGGUUUGCAGGAUCAUAACGGUGUCACUCAUGAAGAGGGGAAUUCUCAGAUGUCAUUUAUACUUGUCAAACAGGAGGAAUCACUUAGCAAUUCUACACAGUUUUUCUUCAAGCAAGAGGACGUUGAGCCGCCUUUGCUCUGUGGCGAUAAUGCAAGUUUGACACAGACCUCUGUUACUGGAUCUGAAAAUGAAGGACCUUUGAUCAUCAAGGAAUGUUGUACGGAAGAAAUGAUAUCUCCUCAAAAAGAAGAAGAGGCUGCUAUUGUCUUGGAACCACCAUGUUUGGGAUUGGAUAGUAGUUUACAGAGUGCCACAAUCCAGUCACCUAACCAAGAGCCUUCACAAUUAUUUUCUCUUGCUGCAUUAAAAGAUGAUGUUAAAGCUGGUCAAAAGAUAUCAGUAAUGGGGACACGAGAAGAGGUCCCAACAUCUGAGGCACACCAGCUUCUGCCCCAACAGUGUCAAAGAAAUGGUCAAACUUCAGUAACGCUGCAGCAAUUCGCAGAUGUGCACUAUACAGAAGAACCGUUGGCUGGAUCCACACUGGUCAACGAAGAAGUAGAGUUAGGAAAUACUGAGGCAGAAGGUGAUACUAGUUCCAUACAUGUUUUGGUAGAUCACCACAAAAGUGGACGAUCACCAAAGAAAAGAAAUCAAAAAGAAAUAUUUCUGUCAUCAUCUGCUGAUGAACGAAGAGACAACAAGGGGUUAAAUAAUUCCAAUUUAGUAACAGAUGAGGGCAUUGAGGUAUCCUCUAGAGUUCUAUCUAAAGAAGCCUCAUUAGUCAUUGCACCAUCAGUCCAAGGGAGAGCAACCAUUGCUCUGGAACGUGACGAGCACAAGAUUGGUUCUGUGACUGUUUCAGUUAUAUCUUUGAGCAGCAGCUGCUCCUCUGAGCCCACUGAUGUUUCAUCUGCAGAUGAAACAUGGAACACGGAACCAGUGGAGUCUCCAGAAGCAGCAUCAGUUCAGUUCAGAGAAGCCUGCACCCCUGUAAGUCUUCAGGAUGCGAUGCUGCUCGUUGAAGCAAUGAAUCAGUCAACAGUGGACGAUGAAUAUUCUCCACAAAGAAUUGCAUCAACUGUGACUCGAGGUUCUGCCCUUGUGAGUACCUCAGAAAUGGUGGAUAAGACCCCAGCUGAGACGCCCCAGCUUCCUGAAGAAACUGAAUUCACAGUAGAGACACCUGUUGUCACUGAUAAGAUUAAAGAUUACACUUCAACCAAUGAAGCUCCAGCACACUUUGACGUUGCCUUACCAAAACAGCACACCUUCCAUCCUUUCAAUACUGCUACAUCACCAAUAUCAUCAUCAACUGCUGCAACUCAAACCACUGCACAGUUACCCCGCCAUCCUCUCGUGAAAUCAACAGCACCCAGUGUGCCAAGUAAAUCAGGACCUCAUACAAUAAUUCUUGUACCACGGUUUAGGUCUCAGAAAAUUGCAGAAUCGUCUCCUUGUAAAAUCUCCACCACUGUGUCAGCUGCCGUACGGAGUAAUACUUUACUUCCAUCUUCUAGACUUGUGUUACCACCUGAAACACAAUCUUUUGCACUACCUGAUCUCCCUUCGCAGUCAGUCACUACCUCAGCAGAUCAACAGUCAGCCAUUCCACACCCCAAAAUAAAUAUAGUUUCCAGACAGACCACCGAACCAGAAAAUCCUAUGAUGGAGUCGAUAUCUACACCACAGAAGUUAUUUGUUCCUGCUUCUAACCUGCAAAAAAGGAAUAAUGCAAUGGCCAACCCAGAGUCUUUCAAACAGACUUCCCCUGUUGGUUUGGUGCCAGCAUCUAAUUUUCCGGAGACGGUAGAACAGAAACUCUCUGCAAUGGUCAGAUUAACAAGACUGCCAUUUUCAAUAUCAACCACAAGCUCAGUCUCAGUCUCAAAAUUGCUUUCAGAAGGAUAUUCUGAAGCCUUUACACCAAAGAAGCCGUCAAAAGGAAGAAUCUCACACACAGAGAUGCCACAUUUAUCCUCCGACGUUCAUUCCAGUUUACCAGAAAAAUGCACUUCGGUAUGUUUGAAUACAUGUGGGAUGUUAGAAGAAUCAAAUAAUAUUCAAGAGAAGUCAUCUUUAGCACCUGAAACAUGCGCCAUUUUGGAAGAGGCACCUACACUAUCUUCUGUGUCAGUACGAGGCUUGGUGAAAUCAGCAGAAGUCAGCAGCAUGACUGAGCACUUAGUUGAACCCAGUAUGGCUGGUGAAACACCGAGUCCUGAUUCGGGAAAGGAAACGAUGAACACUGAAGUGCAAGAGAAACAAUCAGCUGUCAUGCCUAAAGAUGCAUCUGACCCGCACCUACAAAUGAACAAAACCCAGUUCCUGGCGGAACUAGCAGUAUCACCAGCAGUUCAAGCCCCCAAAAAGGCCAGCGCUAGUGACCCUGAAGAUGCUAGAGCUUCUGUCAGUGAUGCUAGUUCUUGUGACAAGAAAAUCUUACAGAAAAACUCUCUUAUGGCCGCACUGCGAAGUCACAUGAAAACCCACUCUCAAGCAAAAAGAAAUGAAACAAAAUCAGACGCACUCCAAGAAGCUGAAACCAACAGCGCUAAGAAAUCUAGAAUAAAUAACGACAAUCUAAAUGAUGUUAAAGGUGUAUCCCUAAAUCGAAUGAACAACUCAUCUUUUAUUAGUCCUAGGAGAUCUAGACUUUGUAAAGAUAGCCUCAGACUAAAGAGGUGUGCUAAUGAACCAGCUUCUGUUCACUCAAGAAUGUCAAAAGCUGCUAGUGAUUCCAGACCUUUGAGUUCCUGGAGUCCUGAUUCAAAAUCCACAUCUGUAAGCCCAAAGAGGUCCAGGUCAGCUGAAAGAAGUGCUAGUGCUAAUAAGAGUAAAAUGAACUCUGUGAGUCCAGAGGGCUCUAUUUCAAGUAGAGUUUUGGCAGACUGUAAAAAUAAAAAGUCUUCUGAGAGCGUUAGAAGGCCUAGCUCAACUGACGAAAGUGAAUCUCAUUCUGUCGGUCCUGGAAAUCUUAGCUUAACCACAGCCAAUGAUAUUACUGAAAGAACCAGCAAUGUUAAUUAUUCAACUGUUAAAUGCUCUGAAAUAACUAACAGUAUUGGUGCGAAAAAGACUGGGUCUCCUGCUAAACCUAGACUAAUUCGAGAGAGGGCCGGUUCCAAAAUGAGUCUUAGAGUUGCUAAUGCUAUGAAGUUGACAGCAAAAGCUAAGACGGUGGUUAGAAUAAAAAAUUCUAAUAAAUUAAAAAUGCACACAUGUCAGACACCACAGAACCAAACCAACUGUGAAGUGGUGAGAAAAUGUAAAACUAACGGUGUGUGGUUUCCACCUAUAAUGGAUGACAGUGAAACACCUUCAGAAGAGGAAAAUGGGUCAUCGCUAUUACCUGUUAAGACUGAGACAAGCCCCCACUGUAUUUCUUUCCAAGAGAUACUUGCCAGAUCAUCGCCUAUUGUGUCACCUUUACAGCCGCUGUCAGUCAUAGGUAGGCAUCUGUUAAGGAACCAGUGUGGGGAGUGUGGUCGCAUCCUCAGCAGCAGUGCUGCACUAGAGAGCCAUGUCAGCCUCCAUACAGGAUGUCGGCCCUUCUCGUGCACACUCUGUGGAAAGAAUUUCCCAGACUCCAAGGGUUUGAAACGGCAUGGCCGAGUGCACCGCAACGGUAAGAUCCACAUCUGCCCCCAGUGUGGUAAAGGUUUCGUCUACAGCUUUGGCCUCACCAAGCACCUCCAGAUGGUGCACAGCAGGAUAAAACCUUUUAUUUGCCAGAUCUGCAACAAAGGGUUCUUCACAAAGCGAGACGUGGAAGUCCACAUACGGAGCCACACUGGAGAGAAACCAUUCCAUUGCCACCUCUGCGACAAAAAGUUCAUAAGGAGAGUAGAACUGAAUGUGCAUAUACGCUGGCAUAUUGGAGAGAAGAGACACUGGUGUCCCUACUGUGGUAAAGGGUUUUUAGACUACAACAACCUGAAGAGGCACAAGUAUAUCCACACAGGGGAGAAACCACAUCCCUGCCCACACUGCCCCAAGCACUUCACACAGACAGGCCACCUGAAAAAGCACGUUAAAAAUGUACAUAAAAUAAAAUGAGAGGUGAACAUGGUAUUCACCUCCGCAUUCCACUGAGAACAGUGAUGUUUAUAAUAAGAGACGUAAAGUAUUGUGAUAGGGAAAUGCAUACUGAUGUGAAUCAGUUUAGUUUUUCUUCAGUGCUAUAUAUUUGUACAGAAAAUGCAAAUGAGAGUUCUUGGCUUUUAAGCUACAUUCAGAAUGUCUUUGUGAAUGCUUAUAGGAGAACAAUUUGUGCUCAUGCCAAGAAGAUAAAUAUUAGUAUUUAUUCAUUUUUAAUGGAGCUGCAUACAGUAGGUGAAUACUUAAUUAUGAGGAUGGAAGGUACUCUUUCGAAAGCCAAUAAAUAAACAUGCACAUGGUUUGUUCAAACCCCAAAAGGCAAAAAGUGUGAUUGUAGAGAAUGUUGCUGGUAUGUGCUGUCGUCAUUUCUGUUAAGCGAUGUUGUACUUAUAUCUCCAUUUGUUGGCUGGCAACCUUACAAUGACUAGCAGAUUGGUAAGUUGUUGUGCCUAUAAAAAUCUUAUUUAAUAUGUAAGUUAUUUUUCAAUUAUGCACAGAGAUAGAACAAAUGUGAUGGAACAUGAGGUUAUUUCUGAAGUUGCCUAUUCUAGCUGAGCAAAGCAACCCAAACAGACAGCUUUGCAAAAUUUUGAAGUUUUCUUUUGAAACAGUUAUCUGUAUGAGCAUGUGUGCUUUUCGCAAAAUAAAAAACUGGAAUCAUGAAUGAUUUAUUAUUAUAAUUAUUAUUGAAGUUGGGGGAGAAGAUAUGUGUUUUUUAUGGUCAUGGGCUCAAGUGCCUGAAUCUACACAUAAGAAUGGUCAAACAUGUUGCUUUAUUUGUAGUUUUACAAUUUUAAAAACCAGGCCAUGUUUUGCAUAUUUUAUGUAUCUAUAUUUAUUUAAAUAAAUCAGGCGCAACUACUGACAGGAGAAGUAAAUAACACACGACCCGACGCAGCCCGCCCAUUUUUGUUUUAAUUGCUUUUCUACAUGUUGUUAACAUUUGGGAAAGCGUGCAUCACGUUUAUAGAGGAAUGAUGUGUCGACACAAUUAAAGUUCUAUAUGUCGCUCAGUUGUCGAGCUAUUUUCACAGGGUUUGUUCAUUACGAACGCCAGGCGUGACAUUAGGUCGUUAUUUUAGGAAGGUGAUGAUUUUAUUUAGGUAGUAAAGCCAACAUUUUUAAAAACCCAAGCACCCUGUACCAUAGCCACACGUGUGACAUUUUUAACAAAUCAAACCAUUGGGAAAUUGGUCCAAAAUUCAGCGAAUAAUUCUACUUGAAAAUUGCGGAGUAACUCUUUCCUCCAUUACUUUUUUUUUGUGUACCGCUGCCUCUGCUGGCACUGUGUUAAGGCGGCGUUUCCCACUAACAUGUUGUCCUUGUUGGAAGUUAAAAUACUGGAAUCAUAUCCAAGAAUUCACUUUUUGGUUUUCCGUGUCUGCUUUUAGGAGGAGAUACAGCACGGACCCAACGAGGAAUUGUGUGAAUUUGAAACAUUUUUAGAAAAUAUGGAUGCAGUGCAAAUCACUUUGUGAACAGCCUUAAGCUGUCCAUGUUACAAAAAUGCUGAUUCAGCUUGUUUUUAUAGUUAGUUAAGGCUAUGACACGGGACAUCUGGGUUCAAGUGAGGAUCUUUAGACUCAAAAUGGAAUGUUUCCCAUAGUGCAGUGUUGGUUGUCAUAGUUUCAGUAAGUGAAAAUUCUCAGCUAAAGCUACAUACAGUAAUUAAAGUUAUUUAACUGUUUGUUAAUAUUUUACUUUUUUAUUUCACAUAUUAUAUUUAUACAUAUAAAAAUGCCUGUUAGUGAAACGUUGUGAUUGUCAUGUCAGCCUUGUUAAUUGAUUAAUGCUUGAAGAAGUGACUGGAUAGAACAACGCUUGCAGUUAACUGAGGGUUAAGGGGAAUAGUUCCAUCUCUCGCAUCGCCACUUGCUGGUCAUUUGGUUUAUCAUUACAUUUGGGUUUUUGGGCUUUCAUACUGGGAUAUUAUGUUCUACUGUCUCAGGGUCAAAUUACACAAUGAAUAAUAAAUAAAUAAAAUUGAGAAGUUGAAAAUUUUCUUUGAUUUGCGUCACAGCUUGUCAUUAAGAGGUGACUAAGGGGCCCUGAAGCCAGACAAGAUGAGAACCACUGAUGUAGAGCACUAAAAAGGUAAAGUGUACCUGUAGCUGAUGUAACUGUGUGUAUUUCUGUUUUGUUAACUAUUUAAUUGGUAUUACACAUUUGUUCGCCCGCCCACCAAAUUCCACCACCAGACGCCGCUGUAUUUGUUCCUGUUUGCGUCAGUGUGUGUCCUUGUUUAAAGGAUGUCAAAGAAAGGAAAACUCGACAUGAGACACUAAUUUUGCAGUCAGACUGUAAGUUAUUUCAAGGGUAUACGACUGUAGAGACUCAACAAUACAGAUGCUGAAUAAAAAACAACAUUUAAUGCCACACUUUUUAAAGUUAUUUUACUUAUUAUUUCCAUAUAUUUGUGUGGAAGAUAGUUAGUGCUUAAAUGACCAUCUAGAAUCUGAGGUUUUAUUGUGUUUCCCCCACAAAUGUUUGUGGGAUAAAUUACAUGUAGUGAUUAUGUGAAAGUUAAAACCCUUUUUGCUCAGGCAGUAACUGCACCACCGCAGGAGGAGAGGCCAGAGGAGGUAGAGUAGGAGGAGAGGCAGGAAAUUCACAGGUGAGGUCAAAUAAAGACAGAUAUAUUAGUCUGGAGAUUCAUCAUUGUGACACAUGUGUGAUGAUGAUCUGAAUAACAAUGUUUCACCCAUAUGGCUUUAAAAUCUGAGCUUUAUAUUAAGUGCAGUGUUCUAAGAGGCCUCAUCAUGUAUUGCUAGUGUGUAUGUGUUUACAGUAGUUGUUAUCGAGUGGUCAAAUUUAUAUAUUUAUACAUUUAUAAGGAAAGUGAUCUUCCUGGAGAGAGCAGCAGGGAGAAUGGCAGCAGUUGCCUCCUUGUCUUUACAUUCUUGUAUUUAAGGAGCCUGGCCCUAGAAGGAGGCCAUGUUAUGAGGGUUGUAACAAAAUGAAAAUAACCAGGCAAAAGAAGGAGAGGGGAACUGGAUGCCAAUGUUUAAAGGAAUUUAUUUACAAACUACAAAAAAAAAAAAAAAAAAAAAAAAAAAGAACUCAAA